GUUCGGAAAGCAUGGGAUGAAUUAUCAAACAAUGGGAAGCGCAAGCGUAGGAAAGUAUAUUUUGACUCAUUAGAUUCAAAGUUAAAUUAUAUUGAAAAUUCAAAUUCAACUUCAACUACCUCUAACAAUCUAAAUAAUGAUGAUAUAAUUAGUGUCAAUAUUAUGAAAAAUAGCGAGUCUGAAAUUGUUGCUGACACUGGCUGCUCUUUAGUACCAGAGGCAAAUAAUAAUAAUUUUAACAUUGAUCAUUUAGUCUCAGCAUCAACGCCGACGAUAUUAAUAGAUAAUUUUAACGAUAAUUUGACAUCAGACAAGACAGUGACUAUUUCUGAUUUUAUACAGCAUAAUACUGCUCCUUCUUUUUUAGAUAACAGUAAUAUCAGUUUAGAAGUUAAUGACAGUGGUAACAGUGAAAAAACACACGAAGUCUUACAAAGUAAUAAUCAUUUGGGAGCAAAUGAGCCUAAAAAAAUUUAUAAACCGACAGGAAUUUUGUCUAUAGAAGAGACAUUAAAAUCAAAUCUUUCACAUUGCAUAGUUCAUAAUAAAAUUAAUCUGGUUCAAGGUAAUGCACUAUUAAAUGUUUUACGGGCUCAUCCGCUAUUAAAAUUCUUACCUAAAGAUACCCGGUCAUUAUUGAAGACUCCGCGAGAUAAAAUUAAGAUUAAGCAUAUUGCUCCGGGAGAAUAUAUACAUCUAGGAUUAGAAGUAAUGUUAAAAUCAAUAUUGAAUCGUGUAAGUUUAGAAUCAAUUCCUUCUGAAUUGCUUAUAGAUUUCAGUACUGAUGGAGCAGAAUUGAAUAAAGAAAUACAAAUGUGGCCUAUUCAGUUUAGAGUCGUAAAUUUAGAGUAUGAUAAAGCAGAGCUUGUCGGCAUGUACAAG